UCGUCCUAAUGUCUCUCUCACUCUCUCUCUUUCUCUAUCCAAAGAAUUAAAAACAAAGAAAAGCCAUUUAAAGAAGAAACAACAAAACGCAGAAUCGUCGUCGUCGUCGUCUCCGUCUUUGCAUUUCGCCGGAAUAUUUUGAUUCUUGAAUCGGAAUAUCUGUGUUUUCUUUAUCCCGAUUUGUAUUUUGUAAUAGUUUUUGUAGAGAAAUAAAAAAGAGGAAAUGGAUUCUGAUUCUUGGAGUGAUCGUCUCGCAUCGGCUUCAAGAAGAUAUCAGCUCGAUUUCUUAUCUCGAUCUGACAAUUUCUUGGGAUUUGAGGAGAUAGAGGGAGAAGAUGACUUCAGGGAGGAGUAUGCUUGCCCCUUCUGCUCAGACUAUUUUGAUAUCGUGUCUCUUUGCUGCCACAUUGAUGAAGAUCAUCCUAUGGACGCCAAAAAUGGGGUAUGUCCCGUUUGUGCGGUGAAAGUGAGCUCUGAUAUGAUUGCUCAUAUAACACUUCAACAUGCAAAUAUGUUCAAGGUGACACGGAAAAGAAAAACAAGAAGAGGUGGGGCUCAGUCCAUGCUAUCAAUCUUGAAGAGGGAGUUUCCUGAUGGAAAUUUUCAGAGCCUAUUUCAAGGAUCGUCGCGUGCGGUACCUUCUUCUUCUGCCAGUAUAGCUGCUGAUCCUUUGCUGUCUUCGUUCAUUUCACCAAUGGCUGAUGACUUUUUCAUUUCUGAGUCAAGUCUAUGUGCAGAAACAAGUUCUGCCAAGAAAAUAUCGAACCAGAGUUUGCCUGAAAGGAAUGUUGAGAAGCAGUCUCUUUCAGCAGAGGAUCACAGAGAGAAGUUGAAACAGAGCGAGUUCGUUCAAGGGAUUCUGAGCUCUAUGAUUCUUGACGACAACUUAUAAAGAGACAUAUUUCCGAUUACCUCUCUACGAUUAGAUCAUUCAACGAUUGGAAAAUGUAACGGCUUUGUUGUGUUAUUUAUCGCAACAAGUGAGUUGGGAGGGGGGAAAGGGUUUGGGAAUAAGCAGAAUAAUGUUAAAGAGAGACAUGAUAAUGAGUACUAUUAAUUAACUUAUGAAACACAUAUUUGCUCUAAUGAAACACUCGAAUUGUGUCUGUAGACUGUAUGUCUUAGAAAAGUCAAAAAAAAAAAUGUAUGUAUGAUCAUAUUUGCACU